AUGCAGCAGGGCGUUUACGUAAACGUCCAGCAGAACGGCAACGCGACGCCCGGUUGGGCACAGAGCCCAAGAGUCAAUAAGGCGCAAGCAAAAUGGGCUGAGGCACAGAAGAGGCUAAAAAUUGACAAAGACACUGGUGCAGGAUGCUGUGGCUACUUUUUCUCCUUCAUCAUUAUUGCUUCUUCACUUAUUAUCGGCGCGAUGGCGCUCAGUUGGGUUAGAAAUGAUUUGCGAACUACGCUUGAAGAAGGCAGCUUGGACAUCACAGUGGCAGGCGUUGAUAUCUCCUUCGACAUCGACUUCAUCAUCGCGAAUAUGCCAAACGAUACGGAUAUAGAAAUGAUCGACAAUAAAGACAAGGACGAAAUGCUCAGUACAGCCGUUUACUACUCUCAAAGCGUCGUUCUUCCAUUCUUGGUCACCGCCUUCUUCUCUUUGACUCUCUUUUUGGCCUACUGUUGUAAAAGCAGAUGCUUUGUCAUUUUCUCGAGAAUCUUUUUGAUAAUCCUCAUCAUCAUCUUUUUACUUGUCGCGGUGAUUGGCUUUGGCGGCUAUCAAACAGCUCCAAAACUGAAGCCCUUCCUUGAUGAAAACGUCAACAUCAACGCGAUGCUCAGCGAGUCUAUGUCACCAAACACCACUGUAUCCUCCCGAGCAACGUUCAACGCGAGAAACGCUGAGCCAGAAAACGAAUUCAACAUCACUGAAAUCAUCCUUAACUCUCCAAUUGGUGAAAAUGCUGAAACAAUCGACGUUUCUGAAUUCCAAGAGGCUUUCAUGGCCGAAGGAAUCGACAUUAGCGAGAUUUUCGGGGAAAAUACGGUACUCAACUUGACCGAUUUGAGUGAGCAAGAUCUUCAAAACUUGGAAGAAUUCGCCGACCAAGCCGAAGCUGCUGACGUUGACGUAGAAGGUGUCGCUCUUCAACACAUUUCUGAUGAAAUGGCCGAAGCUGAUCUGUGGCAAGAAAUUUUGAUUGAAAGCGGCUUGCUUCCCGCCGUCCGGCAAAUGCUCCUCUGGCUAGGAAUCGGCGCUGCUUCGUACUUCGUCCUCCUCGUCAUUCAAGACAUAAUCGCCGGCAAAAACCUCAAGAAGUUCAAAGAAGCAAAACAUACACCUGUUGACGACUGGUGA